AUGAGUUUUCUGAAUUCCUUGCAGGAAUACGUGAGCAACAGCGUAGCCGGAUUGACUUUAAAAAGUCCAAAAAGAUUUUCGCUCUCUCGAACCGAAACAGCAGCCGAAGCUGCAGCUGUACCGUCGGGUUCCCGCAGCAACUCAGCAGAUGGCAACGCUCCAGGUUUUCCGAAAGUUAUUCCUACUCCGGGUGCCGUCGCCCUCGUCCAACGUCGCAAAAGUAAUCUGGAGUGUCCGAUUCCCGUAAGCCCUUCGCGUCGACCGGGCUCGUUUCGGCAAAAAUCACCGCGUGCUACUCCCGAUAAGCAAAUCACUUUUUGCUGCAGAAGAACCAGUUGGCCGGAGGUUGACGUCAACGUUAAAUCUGGAAUUCAAGAAACUGAUUGUUCGUACUUCGAAAGUUUUACCGCUCUAGCCUGGGAACAAGAAAACCAAAGAUUAAAUCUACUGAAACUAUCCGAUGCCUCAACAUCUGAAGCCCCAGUUCCCGAACCCGACCUGGGGAUCUCACCGAUUGACUAUAAUUUAUCUCACGACGAAAAGCAGAAACUCUAUGUCGAGAUGCUUUACACCAUCGCAAAUACGGUUGGCGCCCCUGCCCCAGGAGGUCAAUACGCACAUUUUAAAGAGGAUCUCUAUCUUUAUGGGCAAAGGGCAUUUGGCAUGCCUCCUGAUAGGCACUAUCAUAUGCUGAACGUGGCCGGGGAGGAACAACCCCCGAUCGUCGUCCUUAGUGUUGUCGUUAUUGAAGCCGAGGGACUAGAAGCGAAGGAUGCCAAUGGAUUCAGCGAUCCGUAUUGCAUGUUGGGCAUCCAACCGAGAGCGGCUCCAUCAUCUCCCCAACCGUCAACCUCCAGCCGGACGCUUUCUGACGUCGGCUGCGGCUUAAGCAACGAUAAUCCCCUAUCGGUGAAUCAGGGAGUCGGCACGAGUGGCAGCGGCAACGAAAAGCUGCGGAAGCACCACAGCUUCAAGCUGAGCUUCAAAAGAAAAGAUGGCAGGGUCCGAGAACAAAGGGACAGUAUCGGCGGUGCACUGCCCGCGAAAUUCAUCCGAGCGACUUCAGUCAAACCGCAUACCCUCAAUCCCAAGUGGAACGAGAAGUUUAGAUUUGACAUUGAUGACAUAUCAACAGAUUCAAUACAUUUGGAUAUAUGGGAUCAUGAUGACGAAAGUUCAGUACUGGAAGCUGUCAGCAAGUUAAAUGAGAUCCGAGGAGUAAGAGGCCUAGGUAGAUUCUUCAAACAAGUUUGCCAAUCAGCAAGGCAAAGUUCUCAGGACGAUUUUCUAGGAUGUGUAACGAUUCCCAUACAGAAAGCUUUUUGGAAGGUCUGUCCAUUCAACAAAGAAAUUCGGGGUGACAUUGUAGCUUCGCUUAGAAAAGGCACUCCUGAAUGGUUCAGGUCCUUAAAGUUUUCUGUGAUCGCUUCGGACGAAUACGAUCCUACGUUUGUGGACUUCUGUGCCGAACUCUACAUCCAACUCAGACAAGCUUUGUCCCAUUAUCACCCGAUCUUUGAGGGAACGAACGGCAUACCGUAUUUCAGCGUAGUGUUCAAGCAAAUGGACAGUCUCAUAGCAGAAGAAGUCGUGGCGUUUCUGCACCAAAAUGAACAUCCCGACACUGCUUAUAAUCGGCUGAUUUUCUCCGUAUAUCUGGAAGUCAAGGAUUUGGCUUCAUUUAGUCAACAUCUUCCCGUGGGAGGUGACCAUAAGUUACUUUUGUCGCAUUGUCAUGAUUGGUUCGAGCCAGCAGUUAGCUGUUGGCUUACGUCCUGUCGAGGAAGAGCUCUGCAAAGGGUUCGAACAGCGGUAAUGAUCCAAAAAAUUUGCGAAGGAGAGAAAUUCGUUCGACAUAGUUCAUCGUCUGUGGAUAUUGUAACAAUGUUUUGUCAAUUAAGAGAAUUUUGGCGUUACCUACAGUGGCCUAAAGCACAGUCAAUACUGUUAGUAUCCCAAUUGUUGGACUGCAUUUGCUCUGCGGCCUUACUUUACGCCGAUACCAUAUACCAAGGACUGAUGGAGACUGGAUAUUUUGAUAAACUGGGACCUUUUAGAAUUAGCGACGAAUUGUGCAUAUCUGUGAAUAAUCUCGAAUACGUUUAUCACUUCGUUUCAUUGUUAGAAAACUAUUUCGAUUUUCUUACUCUACAAUCGUUAACGACAGAGACGCAGUUUUCUCCUUUAACCACCCAACUAAGCAGUACUUUGAGCCAAUUCCAAAUUUGGGACUUCACCCUCGUUGAAUUUAACCACCAAAUGGAGAGCGGAGUCAACAGCGACGAACUUCCCGCCAUGUUCCACGAGAGACUUCACGCUGCCUUGGAGCUUAUCGUAGAAUUCUUCCAUGCAGACGGCCAAGGCAUCAGCAUGGACCUUAUACGAUCUCCGUUUUAUCAACAGGUUGAAGAGAAACUGCAGUAUCAUAGAACCGAUACAGAGACUUUAAUAGAAAUGUUCUACAGUCAACGACUACAAGAACAGAUUACCAUACAGACCAGUCCGUAUGGCUCUCUAGCAGUGAGAGCAUAUUUCAAUCACGAUUCGCUGUGCGUUGAGGUGCUACAUGCCAGAGACAUCAUUCCCCUCGACCCCAAUGGUUACAGUGAUCCCUUUGUCAUUAUAGAACUAUUGCCGCACAGAAUGUUUCCGCUCUGCAGCACUCAACAGACCAACGUCCAUAAAAAGACGCUUAACCCCAAUUUUGACGAAUGUUUUGAGUUUAGCGUAUCCUUAGAACAAUGCCGGCGUCCGGAUACCAUGAUUGGUUUCACAGUGAUGGAUCAUGAUGUUAUAACUGCCAAUGAUUUCGCCGGAGAGGCAUUUUUAUCCUUAGGUAAUAUACCAGGAGUAGCAGAUAUCGGGACUGGUGUGGAAAAUUUCCAUGGACUGAAACCCGUCGAACUGAUUUUAAUGCAACAACACCAAAGAAAUCAUCCAAUUUUGCAAAUAUUGGAAUACAGAUCCGGCGACAAAGUUGCUGCCGAAUUCGUCAAGAAGCAAAAGCAGCGAUUUGCCGUCAAAUAA